UCUAAGCAACGCAGAGAUGCGUCUAUUAUGGCAGCGAGGAGGCUCUUAUUCUCAUUGCUGCUCUUGCUGUCGGAGUUGUGGUGGGAGUCCGAGACUGACAAUGUCACUCUAAAAGCAGAAAACUUCUCCACGGAGGAAACGCCCCUCACCGGGACGCCUCCCAGCGGAACUUCCGACGUGCAAACAGAAGAGGGUCUUGGACCCCGUGUUGAUGCUUUGUCAGACUGCCCCUGUGACCUGCAUCCAGGCUUCUGCGACCUCAAUUGCUGCUGUGAUUCACAUUGUGGUUCAGAAUGCAACCUGGGUGCGCCUGGGUGCCCCUUCUCUUUCUGUCUUCCAGGCAGUACCAGAGUUGUGAGUCGGGUAUGUUUGGAAAAGUCCCUCAUUUUCCGAAAUAACACUCCCUUCCAUACUGAAGUCCUUCCAGGUCCUGAUGGAUGUGUAUUACUCUUCUGUGUACAGUUAAAUGAUUCCACACUGAACUAUUUACAAGUGCCACAGAUGGUGACAGAAGUAAAUUUUCCAGUACUUUCAGCACAAUAUGGAGGGUCAUCAUUCAUCCCUCUGGAACAAGUUUGGUCUUCUCCAUCUGCCUUUUAUCAAGUGGGGGACCCAAUUCAGAUUUACUUUGCUGCAUCAUCUACACUAAGUGUGCUUAAGCAGCCUGUGGGCAUGGGAGCUAGCCAGGUUUGCACUGAUGAGAAUCCUGCUGGUUUCCUGGAAAGUAAAACCACCAGCUGUAUUAGGAUCCUUACUGACCUGAGGAGCAGUUGUACCUCUGACCCUGCAUUGGAUGCAACUUCAUAUUAUCAUAACUUCAGUGUAUUGCAGGUCCCAGUCAGUUUUAGUGAUUUUCAACUUUUACAGAUCCACAUCAUCCCACAUUCUGAGCCUGCAGCUCCUUGGCUGAAUGGCAGUACAUGCCACAACGUUGUUUCUGAGGUGAAUUAUGAGGUGGAGUUUAAUGGGAUCCAUGGAAUCCAAAAGGUUUACAUUGAGUUCAAAGUGGUCAGUAUAUCAGGAAAUCCAGGAGUCACAUUACAGCAACGUUUUUCUCUGCAUUUUGGGAGCAGAAGACCUUCUUUCACUAAACGAAGAAGUGGAAAUCCUGGCUAUAUCAUAGGAGCACCACUAAGAGCUUUAUAUAAUGGGAUCCAGCAACACGUAACCAUUUUACAAAACCAAGCUAAUGGCCAGUGCUCAGCAACUGAGAGAUUUACAGUACAAUUUGGGGAGAAUGUAAGGACAGGCUGCCAAUUCAGUAUACCCUUCAGACCUGAGGAAACAAACUGCAGCCACUUGCAGGAGCUGUUUUACCAAGCCUUUGAAGGAGGACUCAGCACAGGGCAUUUGGCCAUAACUGGCAAUGCUGAUCCAAGCCAUCCAGGGGAGUGGACCAGCAUUUUUACCCAGAGGUGUAAGCUGCAGGAUGGGCAUUGUAUGAUUCCUGUUUUCCUGGAGAUUCAGGUGAUAUGGGCUAAUAUGGGCCUCUUAUCUAAUCCACAAGCUCAAGUAUUGGGUGCACGGUAUUACUAUCUCUGCAGGCCUCUGAAGUCUCUGGGUAUAUAUAUGAACAUGUUGUCUUUGACAAGUAUAGUUACCUUCACAGAUGUUACCAAAUGGCCAGAGUCACCACGUGGUCAACCUGAAUUUUAUAGGAAAUUUCCAUUUGAUUUUUUCUUCCCUUUUAAAAUGGCAUUGAAUGGAGUGAGUAGUUCAUGCAACGUAUUGGGUACUUUGCUGAUGUCUUUAAUGCUUUAUGGAAUAUUUGUGAGCUGAAGAUACAUCCUUCUAAUACAGAAAAAGAGUAGCAUUUUGCGUAACACAGAAUCAAAAAUGGUUGCGUGAUGAGAGUGUUUAAGAGACUAACUUCCUAAAGGAAAGACCACUGCAACAUCUAUGUGUCAGAUGAUUGAGAUGUUUUUCAACCAGUCUCAAAGGUUGCAUAGAUUAUGUGGACAUGUUGAAAAACCAGUAGACCAUAACAAGUUGAUCAUAUGUAUGCCAUUUAACAUUUACCCCCUGAUGACAGCUGCAAGCAAUUGUUCCAUAAGUAAUUGCUAUAUCUGUUUCGUUUAUGGAUGGGCUUUUGUGACAGGUCUGCUAUCAGCCUGGGGAAUGUAAGAGACAGGUUCCAAAGUGAUAAUGGCAGAGGUUCUUUUCGUGUUCUGAAGCUUCUGAAUUCCUGUCAUCUGUGCAACCCCUUGUCUUUCUUCUCCUGCAUAAAGGUGCUUUAGCUUGAAACCAGGCAUCUUUAGACUUCAAGAAAAAUUUUCCUUAAUCAUGGAAUCUUAGUAUCUUUUUCAAGAUGAAUGAACUAUAUCAAAGUAUGAAGAAUCCUGUAAUUUUCAGUAUGCCUUUCUUUUCCUGUUAGGAGUAUGAAUGAGACAUUUGAUAAAUUAAAACUCAGUAAUUAACACAAAUACUUACCUUCAUAGGUAUUAUUUAAAAGCUAAUCUUCUUUCAAUUAAAUAAUGUUCAUGCUGUUGUUGUUGUGACUGUUUAUAAUACUAGUUCUUCGCUCAUAGGAUGUUCCAGUCCUUCCUAAAAGAGUGAACCUGAGACAUGAUAACUAAAGCUAUAAUAUAAGAAAAUAUAGCUGCCUUAAUACCAGAAUCACUCUUUAAAUUGAAGUUAUUUAAUGCAUACUACAUUAAUAUAUUAAUAUACAGUAAGUAUUUGGUAAGAACUGGGAAUUUUAUGAGUGUUGUAAACUAUGAACAUUUCCACUCUCAUGUAUUACAAAUAUAAUACAAAUAUAAGCUUUGCAAUGGUGGCACACAGUGGAUAUGACAAAUUGUCACUGAUUAUUGUAGUUUCAUGCAGUAAUAAAAAUUCCAGCAUGCUUUCUUUCAUGCUUUGAAUUUCCCUUUGCUCAAGCAGUUGGACUAAUUGAAUUCUUAUGAAUGAUUGUUAGCAUUUCUCAGCCAUACACAAGAAUGCUAGCCAUUCUUUAAUAUUUUAAACCAUAUAUGUCUUUAAAUCUAUUUGCUAUCAAAUCACUGUUACAUUAGAACCACCCUUAACAAAUGAAUGAUAUCUUUGAGAAACAAGGAAUAUUAUCAUGGACUAACUCAGAAAUGCAGUCCUACAUUCAAAUUAUUUAGCUUUAGGUAGAUUUCAGAAUUCUACAGACUCUUUAAUAUAAUAAAAACUAGGUUUGAGCUAAUUUCACAAGAGGAAUGAAUAAAAUAACAAGCAUUUUAAACUGUUAUUGGUCUUAUCAAAACAUGCAUAUACAGCAGAAUAGAUAUUGAAUCACCUCCCCACACCAAGCCUGUUUUGAUGAAAAGAAAUAUGAACUGGAACAGAUUUCAGGGUUGUAGGGGAAAAGAAGCUCCUGAUGCACGUACAGAAAUGUGCUCAAAGAAAGUUGGAUUUAGCAUUAUAUUUUUUCUGUCUUGUAUCUUAGUUAUCUAUUCUGAUAUACAUAUUGUUCAGCUUUUUUACUUGAAAAAGUUCAUAACAUAUCCAUGAUGAUCAGCUGGAAAGAGAAUACUUUUCAAACCUCCAGCUACCAUUUCAGAAUCUCUUUUAGUCCUAUAGUAGACAAAUACAGUGACCUUCUACCUUGUCAACUCUAAAAUAAGGACAUUGUAUGAAAAAUUAGUUUCAGAGUCCAAAUAGGAGAGCUAGCAAUUUAUGACUUUCCAGUUGGAAUGUGAUACAGUAGUGCUUGGCCAAAUGCCUGGCAUCUGUUUUCAAGACACAUGGGGUUAUAGCAGAAGUAUUGCUGGGGUACUUGUUCUCAGCAGUUGUGUUCAUACAUGCUUGCUUUUUCAUAGUAAGCCCAAACAAACCACAUUACACUGAAUAUGAUGCUCUAGUUCACAACACUCUAAGACAUGUGGUAUGUUUGCUUUGGCUUACCCAUUGCAGUUUAUAAUCCAUAGUGUAACUCACAGGCUUAGCAUAUUGUUCAAAUGCAACAGAAGUUUAUACCCAAUAGCCUGCUUUUCCUGAUGGUAAGAAACUAAAGCAGUUUCUCUUGAGCAUGUAUGCACUGGCUAUUUCUUUGAUAAAACAUAAUUGAGCAUACUAUAAAUAAUGUGUGUAGUCUACAUCUAAUGUAAAAUCCAAUCUUUUGGGAUACUUUGUGUGAAAGGUUCUACCUUGUUGCAAAGAUAUUGAGGCCUAUCUGCAUAAUCAUAUUUAGUGUGUUUUAACUGCUUUUUCAUAUCCAGUCUUUUAAAUCCUGUGUAAUGUGUGUCAAAGAAUGGAUCAAGAGUACAGAAUGUUAUUUCAUUAUUAAAGCUAAGAAAGAUUUAACCCUUUUGUAUGUAUAUCUCUCUGUAAGGCUAAGCUGCUAUGAGCUUCCAAUAAGGAAAAUCAAAAUAAAUAAAAUAUCACUGUGUACCAUCAUUAGAAAGGUUAUAAAAUAGGAGAUACAUUAUUUCAGCAUGUAUCAACUUUAUUCUGAGAUAUGGAAGUGAGAAGUGAAAUUUCACAACUAAUUAUGUGAAUUGGUAGAAUUCUGUGCUGUUAAAAAUUAUUUUUCCUACUUAAAUAUGUUUUUCCUAUGUUUUCUUGGGAUGCUCAGCACAGCACCCAGAGUUAGUUCCCUCUCAGGUGUAGUGGGUGUGCAUUGUGGCUCAAGAUUUAUAUCACCAAAUUACAUAUCUGAUAACAUGGCAAUACAGGUUUUUUUAAAAAACGUUAUGUAAUGAAAGCAAUAAAACAAAUCAAUCUUUAUUACAACACUUUCAAUAUCUUCAAAAAUUCUAAGCUGGAUUGGAAUUUUAACCUGUAUCUUACCAAUUAUUUUAGAUUUUAGAAAGUGAUUUUUAAAAACAAAAUUGGAUUGAAAUUUCAGUUUAGGAUGAUUUGAUUAAUUGGUACUGAUGAAAAUAAUUUGUUACUUGGUCUGCACUGUUUGUAAGUAUUUUAAUUAAAGUAUUUUUU